CGCCGCCGCCGCCGCCGCCGCCGCCGCCGCAGUCCUUAGCUUCCCGGGGACAGGAAACCUUCAAGACCGAGCUGCCACGGCCGCCUCCCUGCCCGCCCCCCGUUCUACGCGCCUGCCCACACCCUCCUCCUCUCCUUCCAGCGCCUUUCGGUGAAGCACUGCGGCACUCAGCCCGAGCUGCCGUUUUCCCCUCGCGGGGAACGCUGUGACCCCCCCCGCAGGAGCGGCGGGGCGGGGUGGGGGGGCCCGGGAGAAGAUGGCGACGCCGGGAAGCGAACCCCAACCUUUCAUCCCGGCUCUCUCGGUAGCUACUCUGCACCCACUUCAUCAUCCCCACCACCCCCACCCCCACCACCAGCACCAGCACCACGGAGGAAGCGGCGCCAGCGGCGGGGCGGGUGCUGGCGGCGGCGGCAGCGGGAGCUUCAACCUGCCCUUGAACCGGGGUCUGGAGCGCGCGCUUGAGGAGGCGGCCAACUCCGGGGGGCUGAACCUGAGCGCCAGGAAAUUGAAGGAAUUUCCCCGGACCGCAGCCCCCGGGCACGACCUCUCGGACACGGUGCAAGCAGAUUUAUCUAAAAACAGACUGGUGGAAGUUCCAAUGGAAUUGUGCCAUUUUGUAUCACUGGAAAUUCUUAAUCUGUAUCACAACUGUAUCAGAGUCAUUCCCGAGGCCAUCGUUAAUCUGCAGAUGCUGACUUACCUGAACUUGAGUCGAAAUCAGCUGUCCGCCCUGCCUGCCUGCCUGUGUGGUCUGCCUCUCAAAGUCUUAAUCGCAAGUAACAACAAACUUGGAUCAUUACCAGAAGAGAUAGGUCAGCUCAAACAGUUAAUGGAGUUGGAUGUCAGCUGCAACGAGAUCACAGCAUUGCCCCAGCAGAUAGGGCAGUUGAAAGCUCUACGAGAACUGAAUGUCAGAAGAAAUUACCUGAAAGUUCUACCCCAAGAACUAGUAGAUCUUCCCUUGGUAAAGUUUGACUUUUCCUGCAACAAAGUGCUGGUGAUUCCAAUUUGCUUUAGAGAGAUGAAGCAGCUGCAAGUGUUACUACUUGAGAAUAACCCUCUGCAGUCUCCUCCAGCACAGAUUUGCACAAAGGGCAAAGUUCACAUAUUUAAAUAUCUGAGCAUACAAGCAUGCCAGAUUAAGACAGCUGACUCCCUUUAUCUCCACACCAUGGAGAGGCCACAUUUACACCAGCACGUGGAAGACAGCAAGAAGGAUUCUGAUUCGGGAGUUGGAAGUGAUAAUGGAGAUAAGCGAUUAUCUGCCACCGAGCCUUCCGAUGAAGACACUGUUAGCCUCAAUGUGCCAAUGUCAAAUAUCAUGGAAGAAGAACAGAUCAUCAAGGAGGACCCGUGCCAUCGCCUUAGCCCCGUUAAAGUAGGGAAAUUUCAUCAGGAAUUUCAACCAAAGCCUUCCCUUUUGGGUGACAGCACCAACUCAGGAGAAGAAAGAGACCAGUUUACUGACAGAGCAGAUGGUCUCCAUCCGGAGUUUAUGAACUUUAAGGCAAGGGCAGAAGACUGUGAGGAGCUGUUACGGAUAGAAGAGGAUGCGCACUGGCAAACUGAGGGCAUAAUAAGUUCAUCCAAAGAUCAGGACAUGGAUAUAGCAAUGAUCGAGCAGCUGAGAGAAGCAGUAGAUUUGCUGCAAGAUCCCAAUGGGUUAAGCACAGAUAUUACAGAGAGAAGUGUUUUAAACCUGUAUCCUAUGGGAUCAGCAGAAGCCUUAGAAUUACAAGAUUCUGCACUGAAUGGUCAAAUGCAGCUGGAGAUAUCUCCGAUGUGUGAGGUACAAAGUGAUCUAACAUCACAUAGUAACGGGAGUCAGUAUUCUCCAAAUGAGAUUAGAGAGAACUCUCCUGCAGUCUCUCCUACCACAAACAGCACAGCUCCAUUUGGUCUGAAGCCUCGAUCAGACCCAGCCCUCAUUCUUCCUCCUAUCUCCUUCAACACACUUACACAGGCACAGACAUGGGACAGCUCUAGCUACAGUGUUCCAUCUGAAGGAGACAGUGACAAUGUGUUUCUAAGACCUCAGAGAAAUUUGGAGUCUAUAGACCCACAGUUUACAAUCCGGAGGAAAAUGGAGCAGAUGAGAGAAGAGAAAGAGCUGGUGGAACAACUUCGUGAGAGCAUUGAGAUGAGAUUGAAGGUCAGUCUACACGAAGACCUGGGGGCAGCACUCAUGGAUGGCGUCGUCCUCUGCCAUCUGGUCAACCACAUCCGCCCACGGUCGGUGGCAAGCAUCCAUGUCCCAUCACCAGCGGUUCCCAAACUCAGCAUGGCCAAAUGCAGAAGAAAUGUGGAAAACUUUCUGGAAGCAUGCCGAAAAUUAGGAGUGCCAGAGGCUGACCUCUGCUCUCCGUAUGACAUCCUGCAGUUGGAUUUUCGUCACAUUCGAAAGACUGUUGACACUCUGCUGGCACUCGGGGAGAAAGCCCCACCACCAACUUCUGCCCUCCGCUCCAGGGACCUUAUAGGCUUCUGUCUUGUCCAUAUUCUCUUUAUAGUGCUGGUCUAUAUCACUUACCACUGGAACGCUCUGUCCGCCUAACGUCUGCACGUGCAUCCAAACGCUGUUCUCUGUCACCCUCAACCUUUGCAGGGUCCUUCCUCCCUUUAAGCCUUUGCCUUGCAAACUCCCAUCCCUGUCACAUCUUCAGUAAUCUCUCGAGUUUUGAAGCUGAACAUUACCAAAUCAGAUUUUCCAGAAGCACAAACUUUGUAGAUACAGUUUAGUAUCAUUUCUCUCACUGAAAAACAACAACUGCAAAGUGUAUGCGCACCGCAUGUGUCCUCAUCCACAUAGUGCCAGCAGCAGUGCCACGCAGGUCCUCCUCUCCCUCCUGGUGAGCUGCUGCCCUGGGCAGAGGGGAGGAGGAUUCCAGGACAGGAGUGUCCAGCACAGGGAUUUAGCAUAUGGACGUCUUUCAUCUGGGUCAGUGUUGAACUAGAAUUCUGAUUCUGGACUGGGCAAUUGAGCUGUAUAGGGGCCACCUUGCAGGGGGGACAGAAAACCAACAUUUUGGCCCAAUUUAAUCUAUACAGAGGUUUAAUAAUACCACUAUGGACCAAGUUGAAUAUACUGUCUGGAGGUGUACACGUACUUGUACUGCCUUGAUGGCCAUUUGAUUGGAUUCCUCCCGGUUUCCUGAAAAGGGAGCCACGAAGGAUACUGGGCAAUGUUUCUGCCCACUUCCACCCCGGAAGACCGCUCUACCUUAUGCAGAAGAGCGCUCCAGGGAAGGAAGUAUCAUUCCUAUUAGAGCCUGACGUGGAGGAAUCACUUAAGCACCAAUUUUUUUCUGCUUAACUCCUUGUUAGGUCUACUCUUGAGGCUCUUAGAAAAGCAUUUUCCAGAAGGAUUUCUAUUUUUGAACAGUGGAACAGAUCGUUGCUUUUUUGCCAUAUCACCUAAUAACUGCAGGUCCAGAAUGUGAUGGAUUUGACUGUAUUCAUUUUCAAAUAAAGCCACGAGUCAUGGAACAUUCUUGGUCCUGGGACUUGGGUUACAAUGGCAGGAAUCAAUAAGAAGAUUACUCUCAUUUUAGAAGAAUGUAGUUUCUCUAAUUAUUUGAAAUGUUCAUUUAGCCUUUGAUUUUCAGUGACAUUAUCUAGCAAACUGCUUUAUUUUUAAGUCAGCUCAAAGGAUUAUAUAGUAACUAUAUCUGCAUUUGGAGCAAUGUGAUCAGUUUGCAUUGAAAAGGAAAAAAAAGAAUUUUAUCUUAGCCAAAACAUCCCUGGAUUCAGGGGUGUCUUUGUAUAAUAUGAGAAGGCAUUGUUCCAAAGUCAAGACAGCCUCCUUAUUUUACAUGCUGUUUGCCAAAUCCUGUUUCUUAGCUUGGGGAGAUGAUGGAGCUGGUUUCCUCAAGAUAAAUUUCUAGUUUAUUAAGAUGCAAACAGCCCCCAAAGAUGGCUACUAAGAAGAAAAUCUUAUUUUUCUGAACAUUUUCAUGAAUCCAGGGGACUUGAAAAUAUGAAAGACCACAUAGUUAGAAGAAUAUAUUUAUAAAGAUUCCUUGCUGCUAAGUCAGAUCAGAUUUGUUAAUGGGAAACAUUCUUCACAUGAUAAUAUCUUGAGUUAUGUGAGCUUUUUCUUCCUGACUUUGUGUUGAUUGGUAAAAUACAGGAUAUGCGGAAGUUAUCUAAUUAACCUCAGCUGUGUAUGAAUAACCCACAGAUGUACUGAAUUACUUUUGGUGCUAUCUUGUACUCUUCAAUCUGUAACACAAUAAAAUCCCUUUGUACAAUGUCUGAUGAGCACCCUGAGCCAUAAAUUACUUAAUAAACACAUUUUGGGUGAUUAUUCCAAGUUUCUAUAUGCCCAUUGAUACCUGUAUUCAUGGGCUCUCAGCAUUCCCAUCCGGCUCUGCAGUGCAUUGAGAGCACUGCAUUAGAGAUCACCACUCUGGUGGUUUUUCCCUUCUUUCUGGGAAGAAAAUGGGAAAAAAAGAGAAAACGUAUUGGGUUGCCACCUUAAAGACAAUAAUAUCAAUAAAAACUGAGUAGGACGCUCAUGUAAGAAUAGAUUUAAUUUUCAGUGUUGACAUAGUGUUCAAUUAAAACAUGCUAAAGACAAAAGACAUUUAUAUUUUAAUUCUGGCAUCCAAAGUAUUCUUUGGACGCACUUUGAUUUUUUUGUGUCAUUAAUUUAUCUGUACUCUAAUGUACUGCCCUUCUUGGGAUUUAUUGGAUGAUAUUUUUUCAUUAGUAGUUCGGUAACUAGCAGAACACAAUUAAUUUAGCCCUUUAGACAAAAGUUUGAAUGAACUGUUCUGCCCAUUGCCAAGCCAUUAAUUUCUAAUCAGAAUGUUAAGCUUCUCUGUGGUUUUUCUCUAAGAUACCCGUGUACUAGCCCAUAUGCUAACUGGAUGCCUGCUGGUGCCUGCCCUUGCAGCUUGACUGGGGAUACCUAGCUGACCUCCUUAGAGUCUGAGAAGUAGUUGGGGAUGUAACUGAGUGGUUUAUUGUGCUUACUAAAUCUCCUCCUUCUCACAAGAAAGACCAUUUUUUCAGUACUCCCUUCCAAUGUCAGACAAAAGGAGCCAAGUAUCUAUUCACGUUUCCCUUUAGAAAUAGCCAUUUGUAUUCUCUUUCUCCAGUUUCUCCAACUGGGGUCAACUCUCCGCUCAGUGUCAGGAUUUCCAAAAUUUGCAACACCUAAUUUCUAAAUGCUUUUUCUAUUUAUGGUUUUCUGGUUUGUAAUUUUUAGGGAGAGACACUUACGAAAUGGGGCUGGUGGGAAAGGGCCCCGCAGAACUAAAAUGUAUGACAACUGAGUAGAAAUUUCAUCAAUGAGAGCAGAUAAAUAAAGACACUUGAUAUCAUGCUGCUAUUUGUAUGAAAUUAAAACUAGUGUGUGGUGGGUUGGGUUCUCUCUUGAAAAUUCAUGUAGAUCCCUGAUUGAGUCACAGGGAAAAAGGGUGUUUCGCCUUUACCUAUGGGGAAAAAGUAGGGAUGACAUUUUACAGUUUUAGGAAACUGAAAGUUGUUUUGGAUUAGGUGAAAAAUACUUUAAUAUGAUUUUAUUUCAGGAGACUUGGUUUUUAAAACUUAGGCUUAAGAUUUCAAAAUUAGUUCUCAAUAAACAAUUUGGUAUAUAGAAUGUGCCAUUUUCUUUCUUCUUUAAAAUGAUCAGAGUCUAGUUUCCUGGCUUUUCACUGCAACUUGUUCAUUUUUGUGUUCAUUCAUUCAUUCCAUAAAUAUUGAAUGAGCAAUCUCUGCAAGGCCCUGGGGAUAAAAAGAUCAGUGUGACACAUGGCCUGGUCCUCAAAAAGUUUACCCUCUAUACCAGGAGUCGGCAAGCUUUUUUUGUAAAGGACCUCAAAGUAAACAUUUUAGGCGUCUUGGGCUAUGCAGAUUCUGUUGGAACUACCCAAUUCUGCUUGUGUAGCAUAAAUGCAACCAUAGAUGAUACAUAAAAAAUGGGUGUGGCUGUGUGCCUGGAAAACUUUAUUUACCAAAACCAGCUGCAGGCCAUCAUUUGCCAACUCUUGAUCUCGUGGGUCCUUAGACAAGUACAGAGUAAUUCAACUGAUAAGUACCUGUGGUAGAACGGGUACAGGAUUCUGGAAAAGAAGCCUGACCCUGAUGGGGAAUAGUGACCACGAACACACCCUGGGAUGGUGGUGUUUCCACUGAGACAGUAAAUGUGCAGGAAUAACCAGGUGAAGUGGGGAGGAGAGGGAAUAGGGUUGAGGCAUAUGUGUGUGUAGAGAAUGAAAUGUCCUAGAGAGAGGAAGGACUAGAAGUUAGCAUGGUUGCAAAGUGAAUAAUCCAGGGAGGAGCGAAAAGAAAUCUCUGUAAAAUGUUGAAUGGUCUCCAUUUCACACUGAAGAAACUGAUGCAGAAAUUAAAGCUCUCAUACAUUAAAAUAAUGUGCAGAUAGUUUUAAGGCUCAAACAAUGUGGUGCCAGGACGUCAUAUAAGCAGCAACCUGAAUAAAAUGAAACACGCUGGUGUGGAUGAUGCCAUUUUAGGCUAGUGAAUGGCUUGGAAGUAAGUGUGUGUCUCUUUGGGAGCAUAAGAAACUAUAGAAGGGAGAGCCAGGCAGUGCCAGCUCAUCCUGUUCCCACCAGGUGUUUUCUGCCAGGACAAGAUGAGCUAAGUGGCAGAGCCAACCCUGACACUGAGUUGAGGGUUUGCUGGUCCCACCUGACAUUGAAAUUGAUGAGACUUGCCAUCAAAAAACUCCAGGAGCCAAGGGACUUCUUCCUAUAUCAUGACCACAGACCUAACAUAUUCACCCAUUAAGUAAGGGAUUUAUGGGAAGAGGCAUAGUGUUGUGGAAAGAGCCCUGGCUCUAAGACACAUGUGGUUCAAAGCUCAGUUUCAGGACUUACCAGCCGUUUAAUGUACAAAGUUACUUGAGCUCUCUCUCUGUCUCAGUUUUCUCAUCUGUGAAAUGGAGAUACUAGUGUCUGUCUUGCAGGGUUAUCAUAAAGAAAUCACUAGUGCAAAGCUGUAGUGUGGGUGCCCGGCAUGCAGAAGGUAGCCCAGAAGUUUUUCAAAGUUAGCAUGUAGUCUUUAUGGCUUGCCGUCUUUUCCAGCCUCAUUUGCUGUGGCUCAGAAGGAUGGAUGAGGGGAUGUGGUUGAAGCUAAUAGAUUCUACCAUUGGAGAAGUAACUUGAAGCAUGAGUUCUUCAAAGGGAGUCAGAAGCAUUGUUUUUAUGCAGGAGACUACUUCAUGACUCCACUUGGUAUUUUAAAAAGAAACAACAGAAAAAGCCCAUGGACAAACCAAGAGUCUGCUGUCACCUUCUCAAAAAAAAA